CUGUGAGUCAUGUGCCUCACCCUUCUGCGGAUGCGCCGCACAUGCGCCUGUGGUCGCUGGCCACACUUGCCUAUGCUGGCCGGCCCACCGUUUGGAGGGCGGCAGAAGAGGUGGAAGGCCUCGGCCUCCCGGUGGGCGCUCAGAUCGCCUUGAAAGGCGAUGAGCUUUUGGCCGACCGCCGGGGGAUCGCCUUCUACAACAGCAGUGCGGGUGGUGAGCCGGAAGAGUCCGUGAGACCGUACCACAUCGAGCUUGUGCACGAAGAUGACUUGCCCUCCUUCUUAUAUCGCAGGACGCCCGUGUCCUCUUCUGUGGCGCUAUCUUACGAGUUUGUCCUUUCGGAGGAGACAUGCCGAUCAGGGCGCUUUCUGCUGAACGAUCCGCGGGUCGGGCUCUUCCACAAUCAGCGGCUCUCAUACGAGACUGCUUUGGACAUGGCCUCGGCUCUAGGACGGAUUCUGGUCUUGCCCGGCUUCUUCAAGUUUCCGCAUCCCAAUGCCUACGACGGUCUCGAAUGGGUGCCCUUUCAUGAGCUCUUCGAUUUGGAGGCCUUGCGCAGCUGCUACGGCCGCGUGCUGGAGCUCGAGGAGCUUGUACAGCUCUGUGGACCUAAGGUCUUGGAUCAACACGUCACGGUGCCCUUCCAAACCCUUUGGAUGCGUAGUAAGACCAAGGCGCCUUGGAUCAACGGCACUCGCCCGGAGCUCCGGUGGUCCGACGUACAGGGCACCAUUCAUCGCUUCCAGCCGCAGCAUUCGGAGAACGAGACGAAACUCAAGCUGGAGGAACGCUUGGGUCACAUGCUCUCGCCCUUCCUGAAAGAGGGAGUGGCCAGUGCACAGACCCUUCGCACGCACGGGCUGAUUGCACGGAAUGUCUCGAUGAGCGAUGUGGCCCGGUGCUUCCUCCCCAGUAACGAGACCAUGGCAUUGGCCCAGAUGGUCGCCAACCACUCGGGCAUCCUGGGUCAGUCCCGCGUGCUUGGAGUACACUUGCGCUUGUUCAAGGCAAACACCAAGACCAGUGGGGGCUACCUGCAGACAGAGCUGCAAGCCAUGCAGGAAUCGCUGUGCAACUUAGAGCCCGAGACCUUCUCUUUCAUCGCUUCAUGGACCUUGGCCCGAAGCUUCUUGGGCUUUUGGCCCAGCCACACCUAUGUGGCGAGCAACGAGGCCGAUGAGGCCCUCCUCGCCCAGUACAUGGGUGGCCUGCCUGGCCCCAGGGCCAACCCCUACCGCCCAGCACACUACGACGCAGCGCUGACGGUGCCAGAAUGCACGGAAGCCUUGCGCUCGGUGCUGGUGGACGCCAUCAUCGCCGCCUGGGCGGAGCACUUCAUCGGCAACGUUUGCUCCACGAUGUCUCAGUACAUCCAGCAGCUGCGGCUCCGCUGGGGGAAGCCCUUCUCGAGCAGCGUUCUGCUGGGUGGCGUGCAGCACCAGGACCUUCUGGCUUGGGCCCGCGAGUCUGUCAAGGAGGACGGUUUUGCCGCGCCGGUUUGAGACAA